AUGGCCACCAAGGAGGUUCAAGUCAAAGGCGAGAAGAACGGCGGCACCCGUCUCGUCCCCACCUCCAAGGCCCCCCGAUUCUACCCCGCCGAAGAUGUCCGGCAACCCAAGAAGUCUCGUAAAUCACCAAAACCUACGAAAUUACGCCAGUCUAUCACCCCUGGCACUGUCUUAAUCCUGCUGGCGGGUCGCUUCCGUGGCAAGCGGGUGGUCUUCUUGAAGCAGUUAGAGAGUGGGUUAUUGUUGGUGACGGGACCUUUCAAGAUUAAUGGUGUUCCCCUUCGCCGGGUGAACCAGGCCUAUGUUAUCGCCACAUCAUCGAAGGUGGACCUUGGCGACUUCUCGGUUGACGAGAAGAUCAACGACGCUUACUUUGCCAAGUCGAAGGUCAAGGGCGCCAAGUCAGCGGAGGAGGAGUUCUUCGAGGAUGGGAAGCCCAAAGCCAAGGAGCCUUUCCCAGAGUCAAAGGCUGCUGACCAGAAGGCGGUGGACAAGGCCGUUCUCGAGGGUGUCAAGAAGGUAGAGAACCUCUCCAAGUACCUGAAGGCUUCGUGGGGAUUGUCGAAGGGUCAGUUCCCUCACGCUAUGGUGUUCUAG